AUGGCGGAUCUUGAGUCAAAUUCGACACCCUUGGAAUAUCUUGAAGGUUACUCUGACCUUGCGGCUUUCAAAGCAAGUGAUACGCAAUUCUCCGUAUGGCGGCGAUUCGACCGGCUAGGAGCACAAAAUCUCCUCUACUAUGAGGCUGAGGUGCAACAUCUAGAGUUUGAAUUGGAGAAGCUGGAUGAGGAUGACAAAAAUAUUAUCAGAACAGGCAGCGAGAGCGAGAAAAUAGGCACAGAUGCAAGAGCGCGUUGUUGGGAGGUUCUCGUGAUACAGGUCGACCGCGGAGAUGAGAAGGCUAUCGAAAGGCUUGAUCUCAUUAUGAGACUUCGAGUUGCGAUGAAGGAAUACGAGAAGGCACUGCUGCGACGAAACAGAAUCUCAUCAUUCGGCAAGCCGGACCACAACAGCUUCCUAGCAUUUAGCAAGUGGUUCAGAACACGAGUCCCACUCCGAGACACUGGCUUUCACCUUCUCGACGACGAGGACGACUUGUGCUGCGCAGACGCAGGCGAAGCUCCAGAUCGCCUCAGUAGUCUCAUUCAGCGACACUUGGGCUAUUAUGUCCGACAGAACAAGCAGAUCCCGCAGUCUUGGGGGGAGGGACAGCUUUAUUACUACCCCACUGAGAGGAUAGCGUGGAUUGUUGCGAUUCUGAGUGUACUGAUUUCGACUAUCCUUCUUAUUGUUGCAAUUGUGGUGCUGUAUUUCGUGAAGCCUAUGGGUACAAGAUUGGGGAUCGUGGCUGCGUUCACUGUGAUGUUUACGGCUUUCAUUGGGUUGUUGACAAAUGCGAGGAGAGCGGAGAUAUUUGGCUCAACUGCUGCGUAUGCGGCGGUGCUUGUUGUGUUUGUGUCUGUUAGUAACUGA